AUGGAUGAAUCAUUAGAUGGACGGGAAGCCGGUGCUGGUGCAUCUGGUUUUGAUUCAGCUGCUAUUUUAAACGACGAUGUCUCUCCAACCACCAGUUUCUGUUACAACAUACCAAAUCUAUUUAAUGGACUUGGACCAGGCUCAGUUCUAUGUGAAAGACAUGAGACAGAUGUAAAUGAAAGCUAUCCAUCAAAUACUGAACCUUCUGACGAACCAACUGAUCAACAGUAUGAAGAUGAUGAAGAGUAUUCACCUAAUUCUAGUUCCAAAGGUGAUAUACCAAAACGUAAACAAAGAAGAUACAGAACAACUUUCUCGAAUGUUCAACUGGAACAAUUGGAGGCUGCCUUUCAUAAGACCCACUAUCCUGAUGUCUUCUUCAGAGAGGAAUUAGCGAUGAGGAUUGAUUUGACCGAAGCAAGAGUUCAGGUCUGGUUUCAAAAUCGUCGAGCUAAAUGGAGAAAACAACAAAAGGCUGGAUGUGAGCCGUACCCUCGCUCCACGAGAUCCCCCGACCCUCGGUCACCAUCAGCCUUGGCCCUUGAAAUGAGGGACUUUAUUACUAUACCAGUAUCCUCAUCUCAAAUAGUCAGCCUGGCUGAGAGCUCCAAUCAAAAUAGUUACGCUUCCAAGUCAAAACAAUCAUCUCCCGCGAUACAUAUAUCAGCGUUGCCAACAAGACAGAAUUCUCAGGUGGAUCUACCUUCGUUUUCGAUUCCACUGCAAUAUAACUUAGGAUCGUUUAAGAAAAUAGGAGAAGACAACCAGUUAGACUUAGACACUUCGACGUCAGAUGUACAAAAUCACUGGGACACACGAUUGAUGCCGAACUUCAAUAUAAUGAAUAUAAAACCAAUGUUAGAAAAUCGUGAUAAUCUCGAAAUGUCCGAAGUAAAGUACGAAGUGAAAAACGAAAAUGUGAGAUCAUACAAUGAUAUGUCAAAUUCAAUUCAGGCUACCAUGGAACAUGAAGACAUUUUGGGCAAAGACACCGUGAGUGAAGGACAAACUAUAUCACCAGAUUUUGAAAUUGGGAGAUACCAAAGUUACCACAGCGAUAAUGAAAAGAGGUAUAGAGAAAGUGGCUUCGAUGAAUCUAUUAUAGAAGAUGGCAGAAAUGACUUUGGAUGCGACAGUGACUUUCUCUGUAAGGGUAAUUAUGAUAAAAUUGAUGAAAAAAGAAAUGAUUUUGAAGAGUGCCAUCUAUUGGACGCGGACAGCAACACUGUCGGAAUGAGUAAUUUUGAAAGCAAUCUUUAA